CUGGUCACUUAUGAUGGAGCAUGAUCAUGUGAGAAAAAAAGAAAGUAUACAUGUGUGUGUAACUGGGUCACCAUGCUGUACAGUAGAAAAUUGACAGAACACUGUAAACCAGCUAUAAAGGACUGCUUAUAUUCUGAUACCCUACCCGACAAUCAGUAUUAUCAGUAUUCCAUUUUUAAACUUUUUAAAUUUUGUUUAGCUCUUAUUAAUUUAAUAAAGUGGUAUCUUAUUUUAUGGUAAUUUUCAUUUCCCUAAUUAAUCCUUUAUUGGUUUCCAUUCAGGCCAGUCUCAAAUUCAGCCUAUUUAUUUUUUAGUAGAAAUUUUUGGGGGGAUACAUAAAUGUAGUCAACAUAUAUUCAUACUCUAUAAUUUUCUAACUUGUAUCCUCUGCUACAGUUUCCACCCAUAACAAUUCAGUACCAGUUUCUGUAAAGGUAUGGUUUUAGCUGCAAAGAACAGAAAAUCUAACUCCAAACUGACUUAAAAAGGAGGGUGUUGUAUAAUGUAUUAUGAAAGUUCAGAGUUAGCAAUGGAUUAGGAGUGGCUUAAUGUAAAAACAAAAAAUGGCGAUGGGAGAAAAAAAGAAAUGGAGGGAAAAUAGUAGAAGAGUAAGUGAAGAAGAGGUAAUAUAAUAUUUCAUUCUAAAGCCUACUCUGUGAAUGAGGACAUGAGUUCUGGGGUCUCAGAGAUGAGCCAGAUCUACAUGAUGGGGUCUCAAAGAAGCUCAAAAUGCAGCAGUGACAGUGAGUAAAUCAGUACACAGAGAGCUCCCACCCACUUUGUUAAGUGCUCUGACAGACUCAUGCAAAUGAGUCAGGGGGAAGGAAAGACCAGUUAAACUCAGGGCGAUCUCCAAUGGUGUCUUGGAGAAGGCAGCAUUUGUACCAGUCUUUUUAGGAAGGCAUGGAGUGUGGGAGAUGGGAACAGAGACAACCCAGGUAGAGGAACAGUUUGACCAAAGGUAUGACACUGGCAGAAGGCAAAACCUGUUUGGAGGAUGGUGAGUCAUCCACUGUGACUGAGGUCUGUGAGGGGGGAAAUCAUGCAGGACCUUGAAUGGCAGGCUAAGGAGCUAGGUUUAAACCUGUAGGCCACAAGAACCCUUGGCGGCUAUAGAUACGGUCAGCUUUGUGUUUGAAACCUGACUCUGAGGGUCUCUGCAAGAAUAGACUGGAGUAGAGCAGAUAGGCAGCAGGUGUAUUAGAGCAGAGACCCAUCUCCUACCUCCAGUGUGGCCCUACACUCAGCAGAGGCUCCUCAGAGCCUGCAGUCCCACAAGAACUAUUCCUUCUCCCCUUCUUUUCUGUCAAUGUCCUACUCCUCCUACAGGACCCACUCAGCUCAUGCAUACCCUAUCUGGAAACCUUCACUGCCUUCCAGUUGGUGAUUUCUUCUGUGAGCCCCUCAGCACCCUGCUCUGGGAUCCUUUGGUGCCAUGUCCUAUUCUUAUGCAUCCCAACCAGGUGGAGAAAGCUUCAAGGAUAGAGUGUGGCUCUCAUCCAUUUUUGCAUCUCCAAUGCCUAGUAUGGGUUUCUGUACAUGGAAAAUCAUUGGGAAACUCUUCCCCAGUGAAUAAGAGAAAGAGAAAGUCCAUGAAGGAAAAGAAGAAAUGGGAGGAGGAGAGGAGAAGACUUGGUGAGAGAGAGGGAAGGAAGCAGAUAGACAGGGUGUUGGGAUGAUCAAGAGAAAUGAAAGAGAAUGGAGGAAAGGAGAACCACGGGGCCAACGUGGGAUUCUUCCCUCUUCCCAAUCAGUAGCGCCAAGUAGCAGGCUUGGCACAGUGAGUGUCAGGCUUUGGAAGCAAUGGGAUAUGGGUUUGUAUCCUAGUUCUGUCACUAGGGACCAUGUGCCUUUAGACAAGACACUUCACAUCUUGGACAUUAAUUUCAUUGGCUGUCCAAUGAUGAUAAUACUAAUUCCCCCUACAUGAGUGCUUUAGAACUUGAGAACAGAUGUGAGUCCUUUGAGGGCAGGGAUCCUAUCUUACUUGCCUUUGUUUGCCCAACAUCCAACAAGAGCUUUGGUGCAACAGUGUGCUCAACAAAUAAUUAGUAACUGAAUGAUUAAACGAAUGCCCAGGAAGAACUGUUUUCUACACUGGCGACCAGUGCUCCAUUCCACAAGGGAGAGAGGCUAAGUGCUUGCUUAGCAUACCAGUAAAGGGGAACACAGUCCCAGUAAAAAUUUUCAGCUAAGUUAAAAGCAUCAAUAUUGUCAUCAGGGGAUACAUUAAAAAACUUUAGGUAGACUUUCUUACAUUUGCUGUUUUUAUUCUGAAUUACAUACGAUGUGGGGGCACCCUAACUUUUAGUGCUUAGAGCCUCUAAACAUCUUAGUCUGGUCUUACUUGACCAAUAGAAAUGAAUAUGAUCUAGUCCCCUACCCCAGAGCAUUUUCUGGGUGAGAAAUCCAGACACGCACACUGCUACAACACACUGUGUAAUUAGUGUUGGCACAGAGGGGGCUGUAGAAAGCAUUGGUGUGAAAAUUCAGAGAAGCACUGUCUUCCUGGGGGGACCCAGGAAUCAAGUAGGAAUGGGGAUACAGGAUGAGCGAUAGAGAAAUCAAGUGGAGAGGAGAAGAGAGUGGUUGCUGAAUAAGAGAGAGUAAGCAGAAAAGAGAUCACAUUGGUGUGAAAGGAAAAGAAAAGUGGAAGUAGGGAGGAGGCUGACAGGGAGGGAAGGAGACCCUCUGGAGGCGGAAAGAGGCAGGAUCACUUCCGGCUGGGGAGGGGGAGCAGACAGGCUCAGACCUAAGGAGAGGCUCAGAGAGAGCAGACGCCUUCUGGACUGGAGAGGCCCCUUCCCAUCAGGCUCAGCUGUUUUUCAACCUUCCAGAAAAAUGGAUAGGAGAAAUGACUCCGAUUGUAAGAUGCCCCUGUUCCAGGGCCCUCUGCCUCCCCCUGGGAGCCUGGGGCUUCACUUCCCUCCAGAUAUACAGGCUGAGACCACAGAAGAAGACAGUGUCUUGCUGAUGCAUACCCUCUUGGCUGCAACAAAGGACCCCCUGGCCAUGGACCCACCAGUUGCCAACCGACCUAAGAAAAGCAAGACCAAGAAGGCCCCUAUUAAGGCUAUCACUAAGACCAUCCCUGCUGCCCCUCCAGUUCCAUCUGCCAAUGUGAUUACCACCAACAAGCCUAAAAUAACUUUUCAUGCUUUAAACCUACCAGUCAUCCCCCAGAUCAACCAGGCUUCAGCUACCAUUGAGGCAUCCAAUACUCAGGCUUCUUCAUCCACCACUCAGCCUAAGAAAGCCAGCAAGACAAAGAGAAUUACUGCUAAGGCAGUUCAAGGUUCCCAGUUUCCAGCUGGCAGUGAGAGUGUCACUAUACAGAUCAAGUCAUCCUUGCAGGCCCUAAACCUACCAGUCAUCCCACAGGCUAUCCAGGCUCCAGUUGCCAGUGAGUCAGCCAAUUCACAGGCCUUGUUAGCCUCCACCAGGCCUAAGAAAGCUUACAAGGCAAAGAAGGCUGACAAUAAGGGCGUAGCUAGUGCCGCUGAGAUCUCACUGGCUCCAUCCACCGCUUACACAGCUACCAUCCAAGGCCAAAUUACCUCCACCCAAACUAAAAAUGCCUCCAAAGCUAAGAAGGCAACUAUUAAGGGCACAAAUACUGAUCCUGAGCUCCUAGAGUCCCCAGAUGCCACUGAGACAGCUACCAGGCAGAUUGAGGCCUCAACAGCAGCUAUUUGGCCAAAAAAAUCCAAGGGCAAGAAGGCUGCCAAUAAGGGCCCAAAUUCUGUUUGUGAGAUCUCUGAUGCCCCACCUGCCACUCAAAUGGUCACAAACCAAGCCCUAGCAGCAACCCUCAGGGUCAAGAGAGGGUUCAGGGCUCAGAAGGUUGCCACUAAGGCCUGGACAACUGAAAGCCAGAAUCAAAUUGAGCAAGGGGCCCGGGCCAAGAUGGCUACCUCUCAGACCAACGUAAGUGCCCUUGAGACUCAGGUUGCUGCUGCUGUCCAGGCCCUGGCAGAUGACUACCUGGCUCAGUUGAGUCUGGAGCCCACAACCAGGACCCAGGGAAAGAGGAAACAAAAGUACAAGUAUCUGAAUGGGGAUGAGAGAGGUGGUGGUAUUUAUAGGCGGAUCCAAUGGGGCCGGAGGCCUCCGCUAUCCCGAGAUGUGGCCAUUUUGCAAGAAAGGGCAAAUAAGUUGGUGAAAUACCUGUUGGUUAAAGACCAGACAAAGAUCCCCAUCAAGCGCUCAGACAUGCUGAAGGAUGUCAUCCAAGAAUAUGAUGAAUAUUUCCCAGAGAUCAUUGAACGAGCAAGCUAUGCUCUGGAGAAGAUGUUUCGAGUCAAUCUGAAGGAAAUUGAUAAGCAAAGUAGCUUGUAUAUUCUCAUCAGCAUUCAGGAAUCCUCUGCAGGCAUACUAGGAACGACCAAGGACACACCCAAACUAGGUCUUCUUAUGGUGAUUCUGAGUGUCAUUUUUAUGAAUGGCAACAAGGCCAAUGAGGCUAUCAUCUGGGAGGUGCUGCGCAAGUUGGGGCUGCACCCUGGGGUGAGGCACUCGCUCUUUGGGGAAGUGAGGAAGCUCAUCACAGACGAGUUUGUGAAGCAGAAGUACUUGGAAUACAAGAGGGUCCCCAACAGCAGACCACCUGAAUAUGAGUUCUUCUGGGGCUUGCGCUCCUACCAUGAGACUAGCAAGAUGAAAGUUCUCAAGUUUGCAUGCAAGGUACAGAAGAAAGACCCCAAGGAUUGGGCUGCUCAGUACCGGGAGGCAGUAGAGAUGGAAGUCCAAGCUGCAGCUGUGGCUGUGGCUGAGGCUGAGGCCAGGGCUGAGGCAAGAGCCCAAAUGGGGAUUGGAGAGGAAGCUGUGGCUGGGCCCUGGAAUUGGGAUGACAUGGAUAUCGACUGCCUAACAAGGGAAGAGUUAGGCGAUGAUGCUCAGGCCUGGAGCAGAUUUUCAUUUGAAAUUGAGGCCAGAGACCAAGAAAAUGCAAAUGCCAGCACCAACAUUGACUUCAGCAGAGGAGCUAGCACCAGAGCUAACUUUAGCGAUGGUGCUAGUAUUUGUUUCAGUGGUGCACCCAGCCCCAGUGAUGGCUUUGGUGGCAGAGAUGGCAUUAGUUUUGGUAGCACAUGCAGCACCAGUGCCACCUUCAGCAGUACAGCCAGCAUUAGCUUUGGUGGCACACACUACACUAGCGGCAGCUUCAGCAGUGCAGCCAACAUUUGCUUUGGUGGCAUGCCCAACACUUGUUCUACUUUCAGUGGUGGAGCCAGCAUUAGCUUUGGUGGUGCAGCCAGCACCAGUUCUAGUUUCAGCAGUGAAGCCAGCAUUAGCUUUGGUGGCACACCUUGUACCAGUGCCAACUUCGCAGGUGGAGUUAGCCCUAGUUUCAGUGGUCCACUGAACACCAGUACCAGUUUCAGUGGUGGAGCCAGCUCUGGUUUUGGAGGGACACUCAGCGCCACUGCUGGCUUCAAUGAUGCACUCAUUACAACCACCAGCUUUGGCAGUACACUCGGCACCAGUGCAGUCUUUAGUGGUGCACUUAGCACCAGCACUGCCUUUGGUGGCACACUCAGCACUAGUGUCUACUUUGGUGGUUCUCCUAGUUCCAGUGCCAGCUUUGGUGGCACACUCAGUACCAGUAUAUGCUUCAGUGGUUCUCCUAGCACCAGCACUGGUUUUGAUGGUGUAUUCAGUACCAGUGUCUCCUUUGGUGGCUCUUCCAGCACCAGCACUGACUUUAGUGGUACGCUAAGCACCAGCGUCUGCUUUGGUGAUUCACUCAGCACUAGUUCCAGCUUUGGUGGUGCACUCAGCACCAGUGUUGGCUUUGGUGGUGCACUCAGUACCAGUGUUGGCUUUGGUGGUGCACUCAACACCAGUGCUGGUUUUAGCAGUGCUGUCAGCAUUAACACUGGCUUCAACAGUGUACCCAGCACCAACUCUGGCUUUAGCAGUGUGUUCAGCACCAGUGCUGACUUCAGUGGGGCACUUAACACCACUACUGACUUUGGCAGUGCUUCUAGCACCAGCAUUGGCUUUGGUGGAGCCCCCAGCACCAGCUUCUGCUUUGGCAGUUUGUCUAACACCAACCUAUGCUUUGGCGGCCCUCCUAGCACCAACACCUGCUUUAGUGGUCCUACCAAUGCCAGUUUUGGUGAUGGACUCAGCACAGGUGCUGGUUUCAGCUUUGGCGAUGGGUUAAACACCAGUACUGGAUUUAGUGGUGGACUGAGCUCCAGCUCUAGCUUUGGUGGUGGACUGAGCACCAGCACUGGCUUUGGUGGUGGACUGAUCUCUAGCGAUGUCUUUGGUGGUGGACUGGGCACCAGUGCUGGUUUUGGCAGCACACUUGGCACAAGGGCUAACUUUUGUAGUAGCCUCAGCAUCAGUGAUGGCUUUGGCAGUGAGCCUAAUACCAGCUUUGAUGGAGGACUGAGCACCAUCAUUGGCUUUGCCAGUAGUUCCAACACCAGCACUGGCUUUACUGGUGAACCCAGCACCAGCACCAGCUUUAUUGGUGGACCCAGUUCUAUUGUUGGCUUUGGCAGUGGACUGAGCACCGAUGCUGGCUUCAACAGUGGACCAAGCAAUGCUGCUGGCUUUGGUGGUGGAGGCACCAGCCUUGGUGCCUGUAGCUUCUCCUAUGGCUAGUGAGGUUUCAGGUAAUUACAUUUCCACAGCCAAGGCCCAUGGGGAUGGGUAUAAGAGCUGGGAGAUGUUAUAAGAAACCCCAAGGUGGGAGGGCAGGGCGGGAAGAUGAGCACAAUGAAGAAAGAAUGAGAAAAUAGUGUAUUCUGUGCGAAAAUGUGUUUCUGUAUGGUGUUUUGUUUUCAGGUUUAUUUCCCAUGUUUAUAGAUACUGCUAAUAAAUUGCAACAGUCAAUGGAGUCAGGGUACAUCCUUGGAAUCUUUGUCCAUGCAGCAGUCUAAGCAGAUAUCACCAAUCAGCUGAGGGUGAUACACUAGGAAAAAGUCCGUUUGCCAGUCCUGCUUUGUUGUUUGCUUUUUGUGUCCUGUCAUAUUUUGGUAUCAGAGUUACAUUAAAUUUGCAGUGAAUUAC